GUCCAUCGACUCAAUGCUUCGUUUGGUAAUCAAACGGCCCAAAACAGCUAUACAACCUUCUCGACUGCAUCUAGAUUCUAGAAGGAAGUAGACAGGCAGCCGGAAAGUUUGAUCAAUGAAAAGGUAACCAGACAACAAGAGGAAAUCAGAGAGAUAAAAACCUAAGUUAGUGAUCCGAAGAUGAACGGCGGCCCGUCUGGUUUCAACAAUGCUCCGAUCACUAGAACUUUUAUUAUCGGUUGUGCCCUCUUCACCAUCCUUUUUGGAAUCCAGGGUCGUUCUAAUAAACUUGGUUUGUCAUAUCAGGAUAUAUUCAAGCAGCUUCGCCCUUGGAAACUGCUUGCGUCAAUAUUUGCAUUCUCAUCUACACCAGAGCUGAUGUUUGGGCUUUAUCUGCUCUAUUACUUCAGAGUGUUCGAGAGACAAAUAGGUUCAAAUAAAUAUUCUGUAUUUAUCUUGUUUUCCAUAUUUGGGUCUCUACUGUUUGAGGUUCUCACACUGGCUCUGCUUAGAGGUUCUUCAUUAAACAUGAUCAGUUCUGGUCCUUAUGGCGUUUUAUUUUCAUCAUUUGUUCCUUUCUUCCUGGAUAUCCCCGUUUCAACACGGUUUCGUGUGUUUGGUCUGCAUUUCUCUGACAAGUCUUUCAUAUAUUUGGCUGGUAUACAGCUUCUUCUAUCAUCUUGGAAAAAAUCUAUUGUACCAGGCAUAUGUGGAAUCCUUGUUGGUUCCCUGUAUCGUUUAAAUAUCCUUGGUAUUCGUCGAUUGAAGUCUCCAGACUUCAUUGCCUCGUUCUUUUCAAGGCUCUCCUUCUCAUCGACUGGAAGCACGCCUUCUGCAGCACCAAGCAGACAUGUUCUAGGAAAUCUGCCUCCUUAUACCCAUCGCCAGGCUCAGAGUAACAACAACAACUAUCAAGAAGUGUCUUCUUCUUCUUCUGCUCCUACAAUAGAGCCGACAGAAGAGUCCAUAGCCACUCUGGUCUCCAUGGGCUUUGACAUGAACCAUGCUCGCCAGGCGCUUGUUCAGGCCGGAAACGAUGUCAAUGCAGCCACAAACAUCCUCCUCGAAGCUCAGACUCAAUAACUGCCCUAUUCCUCCUCGACAAGUCCUGUAUUUUCCCAAAGGAUAUGAAAUAUGUAGUAUUAGAGGUGCAGUAGUUGUAGGUGAUCGAGCUCAAUGUGCAGACGGACAGAUAGAUGGCAGGAAAUUUAAUGAAACUUAAAAAUUUGUUUAUCUGUCGCGAAUUGUAAUGUUGUUGUUACUG